AAAGCUAAGCAUUGGAUCAAAUGUACCAAGCAGAUAGUUAGGGAUAUGGAUUGAAGGAUUCACCCUUGCCUUAUUUUUACUUUGAGCGGCGUCAUAAGCAAAUGCAUAUGGAUUUACCUCUGUUUAAAUACACAUUGAUGAUAUAGCCUUGCUACCCAAGUUUAUCGUUAUCAAUUCGAAAUAGGAUGAACAUAAACUUGUAGCUUUAUGUUUAAUCAUAUCAAUGCGGCAAAUAAUUAGUCGCCUAUAAAAUAACUGCAAUAAUACGUCUAAUAUCUAAUUGAUUCUACAUUCGAGAAGGAAACGGGUAUCGCCGUAUCAUGGAUUUAAGGAAGCACAUUUGCGAUGUGCGGUAGAAUGAAGCCCUUUUGAAAGUGAGUCGUAUGAAGUCGGUCCGUUUCAUACAGGAUAUUUUGAUUUAAUAUGUAAACUAGGAUAUUUACCAUGGCGACGAUAAGUACAACACCUACGGCAACAACAAUGGAAGGGUUUAAACAGAGUCGAGUAUUUGGAAAUAUGAACAAUGUUCAUAAUCUUACCGAGAUGCCUAUGAACGUGAGUGAAUCCGCAGAAAAGGAGAUAGAAAUUUAUAGGACGGAACAACUUGUGUUUCUUUGUAUACUAUUCAUUUUGAUAGUGGCUGGAAAUGCAUCCGUUCUCUCCUUGAUUCUGCUUAAAAAGAAACGUACUGGCAUCAACUUCUUCCUGAUGCACCUGGCAAUUGCAGAUUUGUCAGUUGGCCUGGUGAAUGUGUCAACUGAUAUUAUUUGGAGAGCGACGGUGGUAUGGCUUGUUGGGGGACCUGCCUGUAAAUUGAUCCGAUUUUUGAAUACUGUUGGGACGUACUCGUCUACUUUCCUAUUGGUUGCCAUGUCCAUAGAUCGCCUUGACGCGAUAGCCAGUCCGAUGAACUUUACAGGGAAAGGUUUACGAAUCAAGAUUCUUGUUGGGAUGGCGUGGUUCUUCGGCCUUGUCUGUUCAAUACCCCAAGCUGUCCUUAACAAUGUCCAGGUGCACGACAGCAUGGGACUCCAGUGUUACAUAACAGUCUUCUCACGUCCGUGGCAUUGGCAGGCCUACGUGAGUGUCAUCGCCGUUGUAAUAUUUAUCGCCCCCACAAUUAUAAUGACAGUGUGCUACACGAUCAUAGUCGUCACGAUUUGGAAUAAAGGACAACUUAUACCACCGCUCCAGCAGAGAACACCAAAAGUGUUUAGAACAUUUGUCAAACCAAAAAGACACGAGCUGAAUGUAAACAUGGUGUCAGCGGGAAGCCCACGACUAGGAAAUGGUCGAGCAAGUUCUGAGGGACUCAUACCGAAGGCCAAGAUCAAGUCAAUCAAACUAUCACUUGUCAUAGUUUUAGUGUUUGUGUUAUGCUGGUUGCCGUACUUUGUAUUUGAUCUCAUGGAUGUUUAUGGACAGAUUCCAUUUUCUCAACAGAAAGUUAAAACCGCUAUUUUUAUAAAUGCACUGGCACCUUUGAAUAGUGCCGCAAACCCAUUGAUAUACUGUAUAUUUAGUACUACUCUUUGCGUCACGAAAUCAAAGUGGCUUAGGACAAUAUUUCCGUUUUGCUGCGAGUCCAAUGAUCGGGACCCGAUAGAGAUUGCUUUACAAAACGGAAGUGACGUUGCAAGAACGGAAGUGACGUAUCUUGACACUACUUCAAGUUCUAUUUAUAGCAGUCCCAGUUGUGACAAACGGUUAAGGAAUGGGUUUAGAGAACACGAGAACCAGAUAUUAAUGAAACAACACUCAGCUUGAAAUGCUGUGAUUUAGUAAAGGAAUAUUCUAGUAGAGUUAGUAUGGUAGAGCAAGGAUGUUCUGCGACCGAAGAUGUUUAUAUCACAAAGAUGACUGAAGGAUCGUCGAGGAUCAAUUACAAUUGCGUUCCAAAAAUUGCUACCCAUGUGACUUAUAAGAUAAACAAAAUAUACAUAAACCGGUCCAAAUAAGUAUAACUGGUUACAGGAGUGAAACUAAAACGUUGUUCAUUGUUAUUCUGAUUGAAACUAUAUUUUUCAUGAAAUGUAGCUUUAUCAUAUUUGAAAACGGUUUAACCAAUUGGCGAUUGUUGAACAUCUUUAAUAGUAUCGUAGUAUUCUUUUAAAAAGACCAGUAAAGAUCGUAUCUGUAAAAAUAAUGUUACGUGUAUAUACAUAUAUAAUAUACAUAUAUGAUCUGUUAUAUAAAUCAAAUUGAUAUCAAUGUUUUGAAUAUAGUUGUGGGGAUAUAUUCAAAAUAUUUGACCAGUUGUAAGUAUUGCUUGAUGUGAAUGGUAAUGUAUUGCUCAAUCAUAUGUUGCUUAAUAAAAUAAUAAAUAAAAUAUAAGUUUAAAGAUUCGAGUUUUUU